AUGGCCGAUUUGAAAACGGCGAAAAGCUCGAGUGAGCCGAGCACGGCCAAGGAACGACAGACUAUUUCGUUUAUGAGUACCAGUUCAUUCGGCUCCCGACAUGUGGAUCAUGCGUCGCCGCAGUAAGUUUAAUUUUUUGCACAGUGCAGUCUAAAGUCCAAUUUCUUUUUUUUCUUUUUUUUUUUUUUUAACACUCGGCAAUGCAAUUCUGCACAGUGCAAUAGAAAUUUUUUUGGUCGGAAAUUUUUAUUUUGCACAGUGCAAUCAAAAAAAGUUAAGCCUUUUUGCACUGUGCAAUCGGCAAUUCAAUUCUGCACUGUGCAAUCAAAAAGAAAGUUCAGUCUUUUUGCACUGUGCAAUCGAAAUUUUUUGGUCGGAAAUUUUUAUUUUGCACUGUGCAAUACAAUUUUUGAUAUCCGCACUGUGCAGUCUGAAAUUGAAUUCUGCACAGUGCAGUCAAAACUUCAUAAUUUUUUGCACUGUGCAAUCGAAAUUUUGGUCGGAAAUUUUUAUUUUUCACAGUGCAACCAAAAGCUGUUUUCCGCACAGUGCAAUCCAAAUUUUUGAUUUUUGCACUGUGCAGUCAGAAGUUCAAUUCCACACAGUGCAGUUAAAACUUUUUUUGCACUUUGCAGUUGAAAUUUUUUGGUUGAAAUUUUAUUUUUGCACAGUGCAGUCCAAUUUUUGAUUUUCCGCACCGUGCAACCCAGGUUUUUGAUUUGCGCACUGUGCAGUCAGAACUUUCUAUUUUUUUGCACUGUGCAAUCGAAAUUUUUUGGCCGCAGAUUUUGAUUUUCGCACUGUGCAAUCAAAAAUUAAAUUCUGCACAGUGCAGUCAAACCUUUCAAUUUUUUGCACCGUGCAGUUGAAAAUUCUUGGUCGAAAUUUUAUUUUUGCACAGUGCAGUCCAAUUUUUGAUUUUCCGCACCGUGCAACCCAAGUUUUUGAUUUUCGCACUGUGCAGUCCAAAUUUUUCAGUUUCGCACAGUGCAGUCGGAAAUUAAAUUAUGCACAGUGCAGUCAAAACUUUAUAAUUUUUUGCACUGUGCAAUCGAAAUUUUUGGUCGGAAAUUUUUAUUUUGCACAGUGCAAUCAAAAAAUGCUUUCCGCACAGUGCAAUCCAGAUUUUUGAUUUCCGCACUGUGCAAUCUAAAAAUCCCAAAAAUUUCAUUUCAUAUUUUUAGAGUCCGUUUCAACGUCUCCCUCCUUGUCCUGGCAUCCAUGGGAGUGAUCGUAGUCCUAAUCCAGUACCUGUUCUACUGCGAUUCCGCCUUCACUACUCUGGUUGGGACUCUGACGGCUUUAUUUAUUGCAUUCUUUGGCUACGAGUGGGUUUGGGUUCAUUCGAAUGCGUUGACGCGUCAUCGGAGAGCUCACUUUGAUGAAGCCAACAUUCUGGAGACAUACCAGCCGAGGGCGCGGACGUUGGGACAUCUUUUCCAGGUAAGGUUAUAUUGUAGUAGGUGAUUUGGGAAAAAAUGCGGAAUUUGUGAUAAAAAUUAUGAGAAAUAUUGGGGAAGUUGAUAUUGUUAGAAGCUAUGAGGCCUGUAGAAUCGAUAAAGAUCAAAAUUUUUGCUUCAAGAUUACUGUAAUUUCAGCCAGAUCCACCAACUCCGGGAAUGGUAACUAUCAAAGAUGGCGACGCUCCCGAACGCACCGAAUCCGAAAAAGCCGCGUUCAACGCUGUUCGAGACUCUGUAAGCUUAUUCCGAAAAUUUUGGAGCAAAAUAUUCACUCUGUCUUACUGUAAUUUCAGCACUACGCCAACAUGUUCCAACACGCGAUGCAAGUGGCCAAAGAGCAAGAAGCCAUGGAAAAACAGCCCCAAACCUCGUCCGGAAGUCAGAGUGAAAGUUCCAGCACCGCCACCGCCAAACCCGCGGAGAAUCAGCAGUACGAGAACAUAGAUAAUAUGCCGGAUAUCGCCAAAAUCCCGCCUCCACCCGAUGGGGAGAAAAAACUCUAG